UAAUCAUAAUUUGGAUAAAAGUGUCUGCAUAGAACCUAUAGACAUAAACAUGUAAACAUAUAUAAUCCAUACUCUAUCUUCAGAUGUAAUGAGUGUGUGUGUUAGUUAGUAUAUUGUAAUGUGUAGUUUAGUUAUCAAUUCUAUACUGAUUUAUUUUUCUCUUUAUCAACAGCUUCUCAAAUACAAUUUAUCAAAAAAUAAUUAGCAGCUGACUACAAAAGGCACUUUUAAGAGCCACGUUUGUAUUGUUAUUCUCUAUUCUCUUUUUUGUAUUGUUCUCUCUCGCUCUCUUUCUCUCUCUCUCUCUCUCUCCAUCCCUCUCUCUUCCCUUCCCUUCCCUCCUCUCCCCUUUUAGUGGUGUGUUUGUCCUUGUGCACUUUUGUUUGUUCUUGUGCACCAUGUCAGAUCCUAAGCUGAACCAGCUCUUGGAGGAGGUCAACAGUCUUGUCAACCAGGCAGAAGACAUGGAUGAACUCAAAAGGCUGCAUGAGGUCAUCAGCACUCAACAGGAGGCAGCUUCAUCCAUCCAGCGAUCCACCAGCCAGCCAUCUGUGAAGGUGAUUAAGAGGGACAGCAGAGGAAACAUUAUUUAUGGGAGGCCAAGAUUCUCCAGAAAGCAAGCAGUAGGUCUUAGCCACAGACAAACCGGAAAGACUGGUGGUUCCCUUUUCAGGGCUCCGGAAACCAGUGUGGAAAUGACCAAUGACUUUUCUCACAUAAACACUGAGUCUUUCCUUCAAGAGCUAAAGCACUCACUGGGUGAAGAUUUAGAUGACAAAGAAACACCAGCACAAGCCUCCAGUGAUUGGUCAGUGAGAAAAAGUCUUGUCUCAGGGUGGUGGGCGAAAGUGAGGCCCCGGUUGGUGGACAACAUGGUGGCUAAGCAGCAUGUGGCAAGUCCAGUCUGCCAGAAAUGUUACUCCAGUCCAGCGAUGAUCCAUUGUUGUGACUGUCGACCACAGCCCUUCCUCUGUGCCCAUUGUGACAUCAGCAUCCACAAGGCUCAAGUCUUCCACAACAGGGACUCAAUUAGAGAAGGCUUCUUUCAGCCAUUGCCUCCGACAUCCUGUUUUGUGGAGAAUGUUCUUACCCAGUGUGUGCGUCUUGUACCCUUGGAGAUGCCAGAGAGAAUAUGUAGCUGUCCUCACAGAUUAAGUGUCAUCACUGGAAAACCCAUUGCUCUGGUUACAAUGAAUGGCCGAUAUGAUCUCAACUUGCCAGAGUUGAAAUGUGAGGGAUGUCAGGCCACAUGGAGUACUGGAGUGGAUGAGCUGGUCCAUAAUGACUACUGGCCUGCUACUUCUCAAUUUUCAACAGUGUAUGCUACAGAUAUCCUAUUUUCCUUUGAGGAGUUGAAGAUGGCAGCACCUGGGAUGUCCAGCCAAGCAUUUCUUAGAAUGCUAGAUCAACGAACUGUCCGCUUUGGCCGUACUGGAAAGGUCAUAGCAGACAGCUUCAGAAAAAGCUUUUUGGAGUGGGAGGCUGUCCGAUUUGAAGUGGACAAAAUCAUCCGGGAAGACCACUUUAACUGCCCAGCAUGCACCCCAAACAUGCUUGCAGUCUCUGUUGAUGGAAACCGUAAGCACUAUAGAUUCAAGAGUGCAGCAAGAUCAGAGGAACAAGCAAUCUUUAAUGGUGUCUUCAUAGCUAAGGACGAUGAUGUAGCAAGAUUUGUAGACUAUGUCCAUUCCUCGACCAGCCAUGUCUCUGGAAGAGGUGUCUGUGGGGGACAGUGGUCAGCAGCACGAGAAACGUCACAGAAGUCCUCCAGCAAAGUAGAUGAGGAGGGCCUAGAACUUGCCGUUUGUCGGCAUGGUGUUCUUCUUUGUGCCCUUAAUAUGUUCAGGGGGGAGGUUUUUGCUUACCCUUUGUACCUCCAAAAAAAAAUGGCUUGUAAGCCGGUGAAAUUCUUUGCUAUGGAUGUUGCAUGCAAGUACUGGCCUUACCUCCAGAGGAGUGAGUGA